AUGAGGAGAACGAGGUCUCCAAGAGUGUCUCCUCCCAAGAAGACCAUUUCUGAAGCCGAGAUCCAGAUCGCCGAGAAGAGUCUUGACCAAACCCUUCUCGACAUCGAUGUUGAGAUCGAGGAUAAGAAAACUACUGAGAAGCUUUCCCAAUUGUCUGCCGAGGCCAAAACAUCUUCAACUGCCGAGGUGACUUCCUGCAAUGUGCGGGGGUAUGGCUCUACUGCGGCGAGAGACUGGCCUUUUCGAGGAGCUGGAGGGGGCCCGUCUCGUAGGCGCAGGGCACACAUUAUAGAGGAGGAGCCCGAUGAGGAUGAGGAGGAGGAGGCUGCAGAUCGUCAGUCAGAGACGUCAGCCGACAGAAAGGACGGCUCCGGUCUCGGUUCCGAGAGUGGAGGCAAGGCUGAGGGGGAUCCCAAGGGUGACGACUCUGAUUCAGAUGAUGACGAUAGCGAUGGUGGCGGGGAGUCCAUUCCGCAGAAGAGGACGAAGAAGGCCUCUUAUUACUGCUCCUAA